ACAGAACUGAGGUCGUCAAAUUUAGAAAUGAGAAAGGUAUUUUCCUUAAGGAGGAGGAGAAUUUUUCAAUUUUAUGUUGAAGUUGUGAAAUGAGGAUGAGAGUAUGAUUUUUGACAAAAUUUGAAAUUUAGAAACCAAAAUGAACAACUUUUUAAUUUUUCAGAACUGAGGUCGACAAAUUUAGAAACUAAAGAGGGUAUUUUCCUUUCAAGAAAGGGAGAUUUUUUAUUUAUUUUAAGUUGGACAAGAAAAUCUGAGUAGAUGGUCUCUGGAGAACACAAGACAAGCCCAACAGAUGUACUUUAUCAACCUCGCUACCUAAUUACAUUGGAAAUUCCAGAUGUUGAAAGGAUUACCAAAAAAGGCUUAUAUAAAUAGUAAAGUCUAAUGAGUUCUUGACCAAAGCUCAGUUAUGUGAGAGCUACCACGUAACUGGAUUCUCGAAUUUUAUAUUAGUAGUAUACUUAUCAUGUCUCCUCAACUGGGAAUUGCAGUUCUCACUUCCAACUCUUCAGCUUACAGUACGUACAAUAUAAUCUACCCCUAUGCGAGCACACGGCAGAAGAUCUCUCCUGCCAAAAAUUGCAAUGCAUAUAGCUCUUUAGUCAGGAGAUUUAGUGGGAAUUCCACAAAUUUUAGUGGGUCACAACUAAAGAGUAGACAUAGACUAUUCAGUCUUGUUAUGGGGGCCUCUCAAGUGGGUUGCUCUCAAAGCGGAGGAGGGGAAAUAUGCUCUGCAAAACCUGAGGAUUUCAUUAAUUUUGCUGGAUUGUCCAUUUCCAUGUUCUCCACACAGGACCAGAAUGUUCAUGAUAUAAUAGUUUCAGUUCUUACAGCUUUUGUAGCUCUGGGUUGCCUCAGGUUCUGGGAUGAAAUGGCCAAACGAAAUGUUUUUGAACAGAAACUAAACCGCAAGUUUGUCCAUAUAAGCAUAGGACUUGUGUUCAUGCUCUUUUGGCCUCUUUUCAGUACUGGUCCUCAGGCACCGUACUUGGCAGCAUUAGCUCCUGGAGUUAAUAUAUUUCGGAUGAUUGGAUUGGGAUCUGGCAUAAUGAAAAAUGAAGCUAUGGUUAAAUCCAUGAGCAGAAAUGGAGAUGCCAGGGAGCUUUUAAAAGGACCACUGUACUAUGCAUGCACACUAACAUUCAUUACUAUCCUAUUCUGGCGGACAUCUCCGAUUGCACCUGCAGCAAUAGCCAACUUAUGUGCCGGAGAUGGCUUUGCAGAUAUAGCUGGAAGAAGACUAGGCACCACAAAACUUCCUUACAAUAAGAACAAAUCAUUUGCUGGUAGCCUUGCAAUGCUUAUUAUGGGAUUUACUGUUUCUGUAGGGUAUAUGUUUUACUUCUCGUCUUUUGGAUAUUAUGAAGUUAACCUAAAGAUGGUCUUUUCAGCUCUCUUUGUCUCCACCGCAGCAACAUUCAUAGAGUCUUUACCCAUCAGUACUGACAUCGACGAUAAUCUUACUGUUUCAUUAUGUUCGGCCUUAGUUGGUUUCCUGAUUUUUUAAUCAUGUUGAUUCAAAACAGUAAAAAAAUAGAAGUGGUGGCCGGUGAAAGGUUGAAGCAUGCACCAUGUUGCAAUAGAUUUAUGUAUGCCCAGGACAAAAGCUCAAAACACUUUAGUUGACCUAGUGUCACAUGCCAUAUACAGUUGUGGAUUUGAGAAUCCAAAACUUAAAAACGCUUGGCUGGCCCCUUACAACAUAAGCCUGUAGCUUGAAUGGCUAUUUGUGUA